AUAGGAUUAUUUUUUUGGUAAACUUGAUAUAUUUUAAUACUUAAUGAAACUAUAUAUGAGUGCUUGACAUAUCGUGUACUUUUCAUCAUUUUAUAUAUUAUGGUUCAUAGAAUAGUCGCUCAAGUUGACCCUUCUAUGUGAUCUUUAUAGUUUUUUGGAAUAACUUGUUAACAAAAUUUAGCGUAGUUUCUUCGGGAAGCGGUUCGUGAACGAAAUUCCCGUGGUGCAAAAAAGAGUUAAAGCAUUCAAGAAAAGUGGUGCGCAAUUGGCCCUCAACGAGGGAGAAUCGAAAGCGUCGAAAGUAACGAGUCAUCUACCGAUUCAAGAUGGCAGAAGGCCAGGAUACUCGAAAGAAAAUUACUGUUAACGUCAAAACGCCAAAAGAAAAACAAAGUAUUGAGAUUGAAGAAGAUGCGAGUAUUAAAGACUUCAAAGAAGCGAUCUCGAAGAAAUUUAAUGCUCAAACAGAGCAAUUAUGCUUAAUUUUUGCUGGAAAGAUUAUGAAAGAUCAUGAAACUUUGAGUACACAUAAUGUAAAAGAUGGUUUAACGGUGCAUCUGGUUAUCAAAGCACCACGUACUCCUACUAAUCAAAGUCAAGAUUCUACACCUCAAAGAUCACAAGCUGACAUAAAUGCAAGUCCUUUUGGAUUAGGAAGUUUAGGAGGGCUUGUAGGUCUAGCAUCACUUGGUUCAGGGUCCACUAACUUUAUAGAUUUGCAACAACGUAUGCAACGUGAACUGUUAUUAAAUCCAGAAGCAUUGCACCAAGUACUUAAUCAUCCAUUGGUGCAAAGUCUGAUGAAUGACACAGAAAGCAUGCGUAGCUUAGUUGCAGCCAAUCCUCAAAUGCGAGAAUUAAUGCAAAGUAAUCCAGAAAUUAGUCAUAUGUUGAAUAAUCCUGAAUUGUUGAGACAAACAAUAGAGUUAGCACGUAAUCCAUCAAUGCUUCAAGAAUUAAUGCGUUCUCAUGAUAGAGCUAUAUCUAAUUUAGAAAGCAUACCUGGUGGUUAUAGCGCACUUCGUCGCAUGUAUCGUGACAUUCAAGAACCCAUGUUUGCAGCAGCAGCAAAUGAACAAAAUCCUUUUGCAGCAUUAGUGCAAAAUAACAGUAAUGAAGAUAGCCAAAAUAAUCCACAACAAGGCCAAGAAAAUAGAGAUCCAUUACCAAAUCCUUGGUCUCAGAAUCAAAAUGAUUCUUCCAAUCAACAACAACAACAACAACAACAACAAGGAAGAGGUCUUUUGAAUUCACCAGGAAUGCAAAGUCUUGCAGCUCAAAUGAUGGAAAAUCCACAAUUAAUACGAAAUAUGUUAAAUGCUCCAUAUACAAGGUCUAUGUUAGAAGCUUUGGCUGCAGAUCCAGCUAUGGCUAACAGAAUGAUUUCUGCUAAUCCUUUUCUUCGAGGAAAUCCACAGAUGCAAGAACAAAUGAGAGCUAUGAUGCCUGCAUUUAUUCAACAAAUGCAGAAUCCUCAAAUUCAAAAUGUUGUCACCAAUCCAGAUGCUUUAGCUGCUAUUAUGCAAAUCCAACAAGGCAUGGAACAAUUACGUACUGUUGCUCCAGAUUUUGUUGAAAAUAUGGGAUUGACUAUACCAUCUACAACUACAGCACCUAGUGCAGGUACAACAAAUACAACGCCACCGACGACAGAAUCAUCAGAUACAAAUCAACAAGACGCAUUUUCUCAAUUUAUGGCACGCAUGGUAUCAGCAAUGGCAUUAAACCAAGGUGUAGAAGUAGAUGGUCAACCUGUUCCUCCACCGGAAGAACGUUACAGAGCGCAAUUAGAACAACUUACAGCUAUGGGUUUUGUCAAUAGAGAGGCUAAUUUACAAGCACUAAUCGCCACUUUUGGAGAUAUAAAUGCCGCUGUUGAGCGACUACUGUCUAAUGGACAAGUGUCUAUGAGCUAACCACCAAUAUGCAAUAUUGUUAUUCCAUUACUAUUUCUAAUUUUUUCCUUAUUUACCUCUUACAAUAGGCGUGGUGAGAGAUAUUUGAGGUAACUGACUGUCGGAAAAGGAAAGAAAAGAAAUAAUUAUAAACUUCUACCCCAACUCUUGACAGAAUACACGCUACUGACUCGUUCAA